UGCAGGAUUUCUUCAACAACAAGAUGUCUGACUCUGAAACAAUUGAACUGGCAUGUCUUGGACGACCUUUUCAGCUGGGAAUGCUGUACGACUGCCGAAGAGACGUCCUCAUUCCAGGAAUAACUCUUUGGGAUGGAGAGAUGUUACAGAAGAAUAUUACUGUACGGCCACAGUCAAACACGGACUUCAAAAUCAUUGCCUCAGAUUCAAGUGAAGACAAAACAGAAGCUCUGAAGGUCUCUGCAUCUCUUGAAGCCAGCUUUCUGUCUGGAUUAGUCAGCGUGAAAGGGUCUGCUGAAUUUUUUAAUGACAAGAAGAAAUCCAGACACCAGUCUCGAGUGUCUUUACAGUAUCGAACAACCUCACGUUUUGAGCAGCUAACCAUGGAGCAUCUUGGAGCGGGAAACUUCAAGCACUGCAAUGUAUUUAAGGAGGGAUCUGCCACACAUGUUGUUACGGCUUUGUUGUAUGGAGCUCAAGCAUUCUUUAUUUUUGACCGUGAGGUUUCAUCCAAUGAGAAUUAUCAAGAAAUACAAGGUAACCUCCAUGCAACAAUCAAAAAUAUACCUUUAAUAUCAAUUGAGGGUGAGGCAUCUUUGAAAAUGAGUGAGUCAGAACAAGAGAAAACAAACAAGUUCAGCUGCACGUUUCAUGGAGAUUUUGCUCUAGAUAACAAUCCGGUUACCUAUUUAGAUGCAAUCAAGGUUUACUCAGAGCUUCCAAAACUGUUGGGGGAAAAAAAAGAAAAAGCUGUGCCCAUGACCGCGUGGCUUUAUCCUCUGAAGAAACUCGAUUCUGCAGCCGCUCAGUUAGUCAGAGAGAUAAGUGUUGGUCUAGUACGACGUGCUCAACGCAUUAUAGAUGAACUGGAUGAUUGGGACAUACAAUGUCAAGACCUGAUGAAGGAGAACAUUGCCAUUCAAUUCCCUGAAAUCAAGUCCAAGCUCAGAAAAUGUAAAGACCUCUGCUCAGAGUACAAACUUUUCUUUCAAAAACGUCUAUGCAAGGUUAUUCCAUCUAUAAGAGGUGGGGGAAAAGAAGAACAAGAUCUUGUGGAUGUUCUGAACAGCAAAGAAAGAUCUCCAUUUCAAAGUGCUCUGAUAGCAGAGUUUCUAAAUGACAGAGAGCGUGAGAUUAAUGUUGUCAGAUCUUAUCUAGAGAUUAUGAAUCAAGUCUCUGUCCUUUCAUCCACCAAUGACUUGGACAAGGUUGUCCUGACUGCAACCAAUACUUUUGUGAUAGUUUUUGUAUUCUCCUCCCUGAAUGAAAAGGAACCAUGCCUUACAGACAUGGAGAAUUACCUGAUGAAACAGUCAUGGAACAAUGGGGAUCCAUUAAGUUAUGAACCAGGUUCCACAAUGAAGGUUGAGAAAUGGUUUUCCUCAGGAGAUGUAACUACACUGACAAGGAAGAACAUACAGGCCUUCCUAGAUUUUAAACAAGCAAAUGACAAAAGAAGCAAUAUUAAAUUUGUCAUCGCAUCAAUCCCAGACAAGCUCAGCACCGCCUCCUCAAUUCAUGUUUAUGAAAGGGGAAGAAUCGUAAGCUCCCAGUAUGAGUUUCCUUCAAAACCUCCGAGACCGAUCAUCUUGAGUGUUGAGCACGAUCGCAUACAUCUGCAAAUUAAACCUCCUGAACGUGGUGCUGGUUGUGUGGACUCAUACUGUAUUUCAUACCAGUCAAAACAAAGCUCUGAAUGGACAGAGAUCUAUACUGAUGGGAUUUCUGACAAGGUCACAGUCAAGGACUUAGAACCACAUAAAGAAUAUCGGUUCAGCUGCAAGGCUGUGUGUCGUCCUGGGCAAAGUCUUCCCAGCGAUGCAACAUUAUUCUUUCAGACUUGUCCAUGUGGUCCUCCUGGAACACCCGCAGUAAAAAGAGUGGAAGCUGAAUCUGCGACUGUAGCCUGGGAUGUUCCUACAUCUGUUGGUGAAGACGUCCUGGUCAGUGAAUAUGUGUUAGAAUUCAGAGAAUUCAAGAAAAAUCAGGAAAAUGAAAUGCCAUGGAAGUCAGUGAAAUCUACAUACAGGGAAUGUACUCUUCAGCAACUGAAAGAAAACACAGAUUACACAAUUAAAGUUUUCGCAAACUGUGGUGGUGAUGGAAUGAGUCUUCCUAGCCCUGAAUCUGUGUUUUCUACCAGUUCUGAAUGUAAAGGGUCAGGCAAAGAUGGAAGCGAGUUAUUCAUGAAACAAUCUGUUCGCAUCCACAAAGGAAAUCCUUCAAUUUACACACUGACACUACACAAAAAAAUUAACGAGAACGUGAAUUUUAAUCAGUAUGUCUUUGGAAAAAAGGUGGAAGAUGUGAAAAACAAAGUCAUUCUUCUUUUGGGAUCGACAGGUUCAGGGAAAACCACGCUGAUCAAUGUCAUGACCAAUACCAUUCUAGGGGUAAACUGGGAAGAUGCGUAUCGCUUCAAACUGAUCCAUGAAGUGACCAAUCGCACACAGGCAGAAAGUCAGACAUCUGAGAUUUCAUCUUAUGAGCUGUACAAUCAGCCUGGCUUUCAAAUUCCCUAUUCUAUAACAAUCGUAGACACGCCGGGAUUUGGCGACACGAGAGGAAUUGCACAUGAUAAACAGAUAAUGGAGCAGAUGAAAAGCUUUCUUUGUAGCCCUUUGGGAAUCGAUCAUAUUGAUGCUGUCUGUUUUGUUGUCCAGGCCUCUCUUGCCCGUCUUAGUGCCAACCAAAAGUACAUAUUUGACUCCAUUUUGUCCGUUUUUGGCAAAGACAUAGCAGAGAAUAUAAUGAUACUGGUGACGUUCGCAGAUGGUAAAGACAUUCCGGUCCUGGAAGCCAUCAAAGCCGCUAAUCUGCCCUGUCAGAAAAAUAAAAAGGGACAACCCACUCACUUCAAGUUUAACAACUCGCCUGUGUUUGCAGACAAAAAAAUAGAAGAACGUACAGCGUCCGACAAUGAUUCAGAGGAAGAAGGUGAUGAUCAAAAAUUCAACAACAUUGUCUGGACAUCAACCUUCAAACAGAUGAGAAUGUUUUUCAAGGAACUGGGGGCCAUUGAAAGUAAAGAUCUGACUCUGACUAAACAGGUCCUGGAGGAACGAGAGCGUCUUGAGAAAGCAAUGGCAAGACUGACCCCUCAGAUAACUGCUGGCCUCUCUAAACUGAGUGAGAUCAAGAAAUUCAAGCAGUGCUUGAAAAAUGAAAGUGAGAACAUGGCACAAAGUGAGAAUUUCGAGCAAGAUGUUGAGGUGAUGCAUGCCAUCAGAACUCCUGUAAACUGUUUUACCAUGAACUGCAACACAUGCUUCUUCACAUGUCACUCCAGCUGCUUCCUUCCUCCAGAAGAUUCUGAGAGUACUUGUGCUGUGAUGGACAAAGAUGGCUACUGUGUUAUGUGUCCUAAAACCUGUCAUUACACAAAACAUAUACGGGAAAAAGUCAUGUGGUCGUAUGAAACAAAAAUAGAGAAAAAAACUAUAAAUGAGCUAAAGGACAACUUCAUGAAGGCAAAAGGGAAAUUUAUGGAUUCCAAGCAAAUGCUUGAUGCGCUUGAAGAUGAAUUCAAUGUAAUUGAAGACAAACUAAUGAAUCUGAUCAAACUGUCCUCUGACUGCUUAAGAAGACUGGAUGAAAUUGCGCUGAAGCCAAAAUCUCUCUCAACGGUGGAUUACCUUAAAAUCCUGAUCAAAACAGAGGAGGAGGAGAAAAAACCUGGCUUCGAGGACCGCAUCAUUGGACUUGAGAAAAUGAAAGAGGAAGCUCUUCUUAUGGAAAAGAUUGGAAGGGGAGAGAAGCUAUUUGAAAAAGAGCGCUGCAUUUUGAUGGAAAGAAAGAAGAGAAUGGAAACUGUUGCACGGAAAAUGCUAAAAAUAAAAAAUGUUGUUAGUGCUUUACAGUCAAAAAGCAACUAGGAAACACACAAGACGAAAGAAAACUCUGGCCAUGACGAUAAAAAAAUGCUCUAAUCAAAAUGAAGACAAGUUUAAAAAGAAUGUGUAAAUUAGUAAUUUAGUUUGUAAUUGAAUUUAGUCCAAUGUAGUUUCAAACAAUAAUGCUCUUAUUUUUGGAUCAAACAUUAAUACCGUGAAUAAGAGUUCUUUCUCAUCUGUAUCUUGAUACUAAAUUUAACAGCAUAUUUUUGUUAAUUCUGAUGUCAUAUGAAAAACAUUUUCAACUCUGACUAUCUUGUCUUUCCAUUUGGAGUUUUACACAUAGCUUACGUUCAAGCACUUAUUUUAAAUUUUCAAUAAUUUUUAAAGAGAUAUAGAUUCUUCUAAUUGUACAGUGGGAUUAAACAAAGACUUAUCUAUUUACUUUUUGGACAAACCUUUGCUUCAUUCAGUAGGCGGUAGUGGACAUUCAUUCAAUUUCAUAUUUGCACUGUCUGACAACAAAAACAAAAAAACACUUUUGUUGACACUAAUUCGGUUGUAUUAAAACUGUAUGUGAGCACAGAGAGUAGGAGAGAACCAAAACAGAUCUAAGGUGCUGACAAUACGACGCAAUGGAUUGUAUUUGAUAUUGUACACAGACACAUUUGAGUUCAACAAACUCAAACCAGCCAGAUGAAAUAAAGUCCCUGUUUAAAGAUUAAUAGAAAACAAUAACGUUUGACUGAUGACACUUUGAUCUUCAAAACAUUUGGGGCCCUAUUUUAACGAUUUUAAGUGCAAUUUCAUAGUCAACCACAACUGAAAUUAAUUUUAAUGGUCUAAUUAAACAAGGUCUGCAGAAGGAAAAAAACAAAAGGGACAAGAAGGAAAACUGGAGACGACGGAAACGAGGAAACUGUUCAAAUAAGAAAUAAAAAAGACUUCAUCAAGACUACAAUACUGAUGUAUAGGGUAGUAAGGCAACAAGAACAAACCAAUAGAACUUAAAUAAGGUUGAUAAAAUAAAGACUAUGAAAGCAACUGAUUAUUCUCUAGAAAUCAAAGUGAAAUUUGUAACAGACGAGAUUGAAGCUUUAGUAAUUUAAAGAUGAAAAGAAAAGGUGUGAUGAAUUUGAAACCAAAUAAGGAGAGGUAUUAGAAACCUCUCUGUAUAAUCAAGUGUGGGUUUUGUGUGGCUUGAGGGCUAUAAAAGUGAAGGCCAACGAGAAAUCUGGGCCGAACCUCGUGGUGAAGACUGCCCGCUGUUAUUUUUGAAUUGUUGUUUGUUGUGAAAAACUUUGUUCAUUAAACCGAAGCCAUAUGCUUAUGGUGAUUCGUAAACUUCUUUUAAAUAAGUCUCUGAGUGAGUUUAUUUAUUUAAAAUACAGUGUUUAACUCUUUUCCUGCCAUUGAUGAGUUAACUCAUCAAUAAACAGUAGACAUUUCCCUAAAAAA